AUGUCGCUCGAGGCCGGUAUAAUGCUUGACUCGGCGAUUGUGAAUUGCAACCCACUUUUAAUUCCGUCGGGCGAGGCGUUUUCUCUCGGCUGAGCUCGGCUCCGGUCGGCCAGGCGCGGCGGCGCUAUUUAGAGUGCUGCUGCUGCUUUGAUGAAACGUUCAUCGCAUUGGACUCGGCAGCCGUGCCGCCCUCUUCUUUCUCCUCACCACUCUCGCAACACCGCCUUUGUCCCCUCCCAGCUUCACACACAACGCGCCUCGCCAGUCUAACUCUAUUGGUCGACUGUCAUCUUCUUCACUUCACAUUGGCCCCCGUCUCUGGUGCGAUCGCUGCCCGCGCCACCACCCGAUAUCUUGCUCGAGCUCGCUCUCACUACCGCACGCCGAGCAGCACUACUCGACUCGUUCGUCCGACGACCAUGGCCACCGCCACUCUCCGCGCUCCCGUCAAGCCGCCCUUGAUCAAGAAGGGCAGCUACGAAGGCCAACUUCCCUCAUGCUGGGGUCACCGAGGUGUAAGUGUGAUUACAGUCGCGUGUCGUCCCAUCGCCGACACGGGCUCGCAAGCUGACGACGCAAGCUUGUUCCCGCGCGCGCGCCGUCUCGCAACACGUGCCCCCUGCCCUCGCCCUUUCCACGUUUCUAUUUCGGGUUUUGCAGGCCUCUGCGGCGUUCCCCGAGAACACUUUGGCCAGGUACGUGGCACUAGACUUUCGCUCAUUGAUCUGGGACGCGUCCUGACUUGCGCAUCAAUUUGCACCGUGUCGACAGCUUUGAGGCGGCGAUCCGAGAUGGCGCCGAGGGCAUUGAGUCAGGCAAGUCACGACUCGGGGACUCCGGCUCGGAGCGGUGGUUGUCAGCCCCGGGCCCGGCUCUCAUCUCGCCGAACACGCCUGGGUCUGUGGCGACGGGGGGAGAAGUCCAUUGCGAUGACGAGGCCGAAGGGACUGCACUGCACUGCGCUACGUGGACGACUUACCGUCCUGGGAUGCCCGAGGCGGGUGUGGUUCAUUGAUCCAUGGUCUGGCGGCCGCGUGACCUGAGCCUCCAUGUCCCGCGCGCGCGCCCCUGACGAUGACCCGUCCCUGUCGGAUCCCACGCCGCGCCUGGACCGUAUUUGUCUGGAGAUCACAUGAGCUGACCCUCGCCCCUUCCCUUCUUCGGCAUCUUUCGCAAUUGAUCGCGCGCUCUGUUUCAUUUUGGCUUGCCCCCGUCCACAGAUGUUCACAUCACCGAAGACUCGGAGAUUGUCAUGUUUCAUGACCCCCAUCUUGGUUCGUCGAGGACAUAAGCCCCUCGUCUGCUCCCCCCGCCUCUUUGGAGGAUGCAUACCCAUGCGCCUGCGUGCCCAAUUUCAUUCCAACAGACCGCACCACGAACGGAACCGGUCGCAUCCAAACGCAAAAGUACUAUGGCGUCUUGGACAAGCUCGUAACCAACAAGUCGCCUCAGCAAAAAGUGGGUCGGUCUUGGAGUCGGGGGUCGGCGGGUGGGCCGAGCCGCGCGCGCGCCACUAUGGGUUCCAGUGACUGACGCAGAACUUGCCCCCGCCUCUAGAUCCCCACGUUCCGAGAGACGAUCGAGUUGUUGAUGCGACCCAAUAACCGAUCUGUCUUCCUCAACAUCGACGUCAAGGUUGACAAUGAUCCCGAGCGCCUCUUCAAGCUCAUGCAUGAGAUCAUUGCCCAAUACCCCGACUACGAGACCGUGCUCGGUCCUCGCCUCGUGCUCGGCCUGUGGCACCCCAAGUACGUCGAGCCGGCCGUGCGGUUGUUGCCUUACAUGAAGCGAGCCCAUAUUGGGUUGAGCCCCGGCUUGGCGCGCAAGUACUUUUGGGAGGCGUGCUCGUCCUUUUCGAUGAACUUUUCUUGUUUGGUCGGUGGAGACGGCGAGGCGUUCCGACGCGAAUGCAAGGCCGCGGGCAAGGACCUCUGUGAGUCGGCAUAGCAUUGGUAGAUAUUGGACCUUGGAUGAUUCACUGACUCUUGUCCUCUUCCUCUUCCUCAAUCUCAUGCAGACGUCUGGACCGUUAACGAGCGCCGCGAGAUGAUCGAAGCGACCAAAUGGGGCGUUAAGGCGAUUCUGACGGACCGUACGGCCGAGUUCCUCAAGCUGCGCGAACAGAUUGAGGACGACUGGCCUUCGGUCUCGCGCGAGACGUCGUGGAAGUUUGCCUAUACCUCGUUUUGGUACAGCUCGCUCGCCAACUUCUUCAUCUCUCGUUACGAGCUCUACGUCCUUACUGCCACCGCUGGGGAGUUCAAGCUCGUUCGAUGA